AUUGCACACGCAAUUAAAAGAUACAUUAGAGUUGGAUAUGAACUUACUGAUGGAACAAACAUUGAGACAGCACUUCAAAAUCUAAGUAGAACGUCUGUAGCACAGAUUGAGCCAAAUCGUAAUAAAACAAUAGAGGAAUUAGCAUUAUCAGAAAGUCAAAACGAUACAGAAACCAAUCAAGAAUCAUUAAA